AGCGACAAAGCCUGUCAGCUCUCUGACAGCUCAGUACUAUAGUGACACUUGGAGACGUGUCAUCGGCCCUUAAAAAAACUGUUUAGCACUCGUUUUCAUUUAAUACGGCGACUGGAGCAUUCGUUCUUAAUCCCAGAGUAUGUUUUGGCCUGUUUCACUUUUAUUUUUUAACGUGCGACCUCAUUAGCUCACUAAAUAGCUUUGCCGAACUAGCGGCUGGAUAGCCGACUAGCAGCAGGGAACCUCCCAGUAGUAUCAUGGCUAGCGAGAAUUAGCCACUCCAUUUCACUGUGACAUCACUUUGUCUCGUUUUUCCUUUACAGGGAAGCUAACGUCACUUGCUGUCCCUUGUUUACAUGAACACCGGUCAUCUGGGGUGCUCUGAGGGCAUGUGAUGGUUGUAACAACACAGGAUGAACUACAGAGCAACUGGGUUGUAAAGACGGACAUGGAACUUGGAGGUAGCUAACGUCGGCAUCUCAGAGCCAUUUCUCUGAGAAGAUGACCUGGACUCUAAAGGAGGACAGCUGUGCCAGCUCCACUGUUUGACUUUGUGUGGGCGCUGGACGGAGAGCAGGAGCUUUGUUUGUCCCUAUUAAAAGUUUAUCGUGAUGCAAGGCUACAUGAGGACAACUGGAAACAAACAGUGCUGGGAAUCGGGCUCUGCUUCUACCACAGGGACGAUGUGGAAAACUCUCCUGGUCGUCAGUCUUUUCUGCUGGGGAAAAUGUCAAGAGAGCCAGAAUAUGACACCCGAGGAAAAGGGCGUAAUCAGGGACCAGAUUGUUGAAAUGUUUGAUCACGCUUAUGGCAGUUACAUGAAAUAUGCCUAUCCAGCCGAUGAGCUGAUGCCUCUAAGCUGCAGAGGGAGAGUGCGUGGCCAGGAGCCCAACAGAGGGGACAUAGAUGACUCCUUGGGGAAGUUUUCUCUCACUCUGAUUGACACCCUUGACACCCUGGUGGUGUUAAACAAGCUUGAUGAGUUUGAGGAGGCAGUGAAGAAGGCUGUGAGUGAUGUACGCCUUGACAACGAUGUGGUGGUGUCAGUGUUUGAGACCAAUAUCAGAGUUUUAGGUGGGCUUUUAGGGGGCCAUGUGAUGGCUGACCUCCUACGGCAACGUGGGGAGAGGAUGCAAUGGUAUCGUGAUGAGCUCCUACAUAUGGCCAAAGAGCUGGGCCAUCGAUUACUGCCUGCCUUUAACACCACAAGUGGCCUUCCCUAUCCUAAGGUAAAUCUGCGCUACGGUGUCCUAAACCCACUUUCCCGGACAGGCACCGAGUCCGACACCUGCACAGCAUGUGCAGGAACAAUGAUCCUGGAAUUCGCUGCCCUCAGCAGGCUGUCAGGAAACUCUGUGUUUGAGGAACAUGCAAGGAAAGCUCUGGAUGUCCUCUGGGAGAGGCGACAGAGGGGAAGUGACUUGGUGGGGACUGUCAUCAAUAUCCACAAUGGAGAAUGGGUCCGGAGGGACAGUGGAGUUGGCGCUGGCAUCGAUUCAUACUACGAAUACCUGAUGAAGGCGUACAUUCUUCUGGGAGACAAUGUCUUUCUGGACAGGUUCAACGUUCACUACAGUGCCAUUAUGAAGUACAUCAGUCAGCCUCCCUUGCUGCUCAAUGUACACAUGCACAACCCCACAGUGAGUGUGCGAAGCUGGAUGGACUCUCUCCUGGCAUUCUUCCCUGGCCUGCAGGUUUUGCGAGGGGAUCUGAAACCAGCCAUUGAAACUCAUGAAAUGCUUUACCAAGUAACCAAACAGCACAAGUUUCUUCCAGAGGCUUUCACUACAGAGUUCAGAGUUCACUGGGGUCAACACCUACUGAGACCAGAGUUUGCAGAAAGCACCUACUACCUCUAUAAGGCCACUGGCGACCCCUACUACCUCAGAGUGGGACAAUCCAUAGUGGAAAAGCUCAAUGCCUAUGCCAGAGUGCCUUGCGGGUUUGCUGCUGUGCAAGAUGUCCGCACAGGGACACAUGAAGACAGGAUGGACUCAUUCUUUCUGGCUGAGAUGUUUAAAUACUUGUACCUAAUGUUUUCUGAGAAGAGUCACCUGCCAAUUGAUAUGGACGGCUACAUUUUCACUACAGAGGCUCACCUCCUGCCUAUAUCUCUCUCCACCACUCAGCCACCUUGUCCAGGAAACGAUACGGUGUACCAGCUCCUUGGGAUUAAGAGCCUGAGGACAACGCCAUACCACCCUCAGACAGAUGGCCUAACAGAGCGCUUCAAUCAGACCCUGAAACAAAUGUUACGUAAAUUUGUCAAUGAAACUGGUACAGACUGGGAUCAGUGGCUGCCCUACCUCCUCUUUGCAUAUAGAGAAGUACCCCAGGCUUCUACAGGUUUUUCACCUUUUGAACUAUUGUAUGGCCAUGAGGUACGAGGCCCCUUGUCUCUUCUGAGGGAGACUUGGGAGGGUGACCAAGAAAGAUCACAGGCUGUCAAUGUUGUCUCUUAUGUUGUCCAGAUGCGGGAACGGUUGGAGAAGAUGACGGAGCUGGCCCAAGCCCACAAAGCAGAAGCACAGCAGCACCAGAAGGCCUGGUACGACCAGUCAGCUCGGCAAAGAUCCUUCAGUCCUGGUCAGAAGGUGCUGGUGCUUCUUCCAAGUGAUGACAGUAAGCUGUUAGCAAAGUGGCAAGGGCCAUAUGAGAUCCAAAAGAAACUUGGGCAAACAACCUAUAAGGUCGCUAUUCCAGAUCAGCCCCGCUCCAGCAGAGUACUGCACAUUAACCUGCUUAAGGAAUGGGUGGGGAGACCAAAAGCAGAUGUCUUUCUGAUCCGGGAGGUUUCGGAGGAGGAGGAAGUGGAUGAUCAGUAUCUGCCAAAACCCACUCCUCAGGACCUGGAUCUCAACCAUCUUCCUGAGGAAAGACAGGCUCAGGUGAGAAACCUGUGUAAAUUAGAUGUGUUCAGCGAAAAUCCUGGUAGAACAGACAUUGUGGAACAUGACAUUGUGUUGAAAGAUGGAGCUUCUGUGAAGAGAAUGAGUUACAGGAUACCUGAGCGUCUACUGAUCCCGUUGAAAGAGGAGAUCGACCUGAUGUUGUCACUAGGAAUCAUUGAAGCCUCGAAGAGCGAGUGGUGCCACCCGGUGGUCCUGGUGCCAAAGAAGGAUGGCAGUAUCCGUUUCUGCAUAGACUUCAGGUACCUGAAUGCAAUAUCACAAUUUGAUUCAUAUCCAACUCCCCGCAUUGAUGACAUGGUUGAGCGCCUUGGGAAGGCCAGAUACCUGACAACAAUAGACCUCUGCAAGGGUUAUUGGCAGGUACCACUGACUGAGCGCUCAAAAGAGUUGACUGCUUUCCGGACCCCGUGGGGCUUGUUCCAGUUUAGAGUCAUGCCUUUUGGACUGCAUGGUGCCCCAGCAACAUUCCAGAGACUGAUGGACCAGGUACUGUCUGACAUGUCUGAUUUUGCUGCAGCCUACCUUGAUGACAUAGUGAUUUUCAGUUCUACCUGGGAAGAACACCUGCAACACCUGGAGAAGGUAUUGGGGCGUCUUCAGUCUGCAGGGUUGACUGUUAAUCCAGCUAAGUGUGCCAUUGCCAAGGCUGAAACUGAGUACCUUGGGUUUGUGAUUGGAAAUGGAGUAAUAAAACCUCAAGUCGAUAAGGUCACUGCCAUAGAAUCCUGUCCCUUGCCAGAGACCAGAAAACAGCUGAGAUCGUUUUUAGGUAUGGCAGGAUUCUAUCAUCGGUUUAUCCCCCAUUUCUCUACCAGGGCAGCUCUUCUGACGGAUCUGACUGGUGCCCGAAGUCCCAAUAAGAUCACCUGGACAGAGGAGGCUAAGAUGGCUUUUCAGGACCUACGACAAUCUCUGAGUAAGAGCCCAGUCUUGCACAGCCCUGAUUUUGAGAGAAAUUUCAUUCUUCAGACUGAUGCCUCAGAGAGAGGAUUGGGAGCUGUUCUGUUACAGGGACCGCCUGGAGAGCGUCAUCCAGUGGCCUUCAUCAGCCGCAAGCUGUUUCCGAGGGAAGUGCGAUACUCAACCAUCGAGAAGGAGGGUCUUGCCAUCAAGUGGGCCCUGGACUCCUUUAGGUAUUAUCUUCUCGGACGGGAGUUCAUAUUGGAAACAGACCACAAGGCUCUUCAAUGGAUAGAGAGAAUGAAGGACACAAAUGGAAGGAUCACGCGAUGGUACCUUGCAAUCCAGCCAUUCCGCUUCACCAUCAACCACAUCCCCGGCAAAGAUAACUGCACUGCAGACUGUCUCUCUCGCUGUCCCAGGGAGAGAUCUGAAGAGGGGGAGUGUGUGAUGGCUGCACUUACAGCCACACAGUGGUAAUAUCCACCAUGUUAGUGUAGAGGCUUAUAAGUAACAUUGCAUUCACAUUUGUCUUUCUUUAAAUAUAGGAAUUAAUUUACAGGACAAAUAACUGGUUUUGGUUUAGAGUUAAUUCACAUAUCCACAUAACACUGCAUUCUAAAAUAAGUGCGCACAUUUUAGUUUACACUGUUAUGUAUGAUUAAUCUUUUGUUUUCUGAGUUACCUUAGUUGCAGCUGCUCCAGUCCCUUGAUUAAGGAGCCAAGAGGUGGAAAAGGGGCGGAGCGAGCUUUAAAGGAAGACUGCAAAUUGGUUCAUGCCAUAACUCGGGACCAUGGGGGGGAAUUGGAGUUCAGUAUGUUUGGUUUCAGUUAGGUUUUGUGUGUUUUACCCCUUUGUAUUUUUGUGGGCUGAUCAGCCACUAUUUAAGUUUCCCCUUUGUCUCGUUAAGUCAGGUCAGUUUGUUUGAGUUAUCAGUAGUGUUGUCAAUUUUGAGUAGAGUUCUGUUAUUUUGACCUCUUUUAUGGGCCCAAGAUUUUGAUUCUUUUUGCAUGAUUUAACCAAUUAUGGUUUUUUUGGGUUAAAUAAAAAAUCAUUUCUUUGGACUUUAACCUGUGCCUAAGUUUCCUUCACUGCCCGGUCCAUCACAAAGAAAAUGAGGAUAGCAGCAUGCCACCAGUCUAAUUUAUCUCAAACUUUGUUUUGUUUUAUAGUACAAGGGUUUGGGUUUGUAAUAGAGAAGGAAGUUGAUCUUAAUUUAGUGAAUAUUGUAAUUAUUGUAAGUCUCACUUAUAUGACAGUUCUGUAUAUUUAGAAGUUUACAGCAAAACUCACUGGCAUAGUUGUAUAGUAGGUACAUACUUAUUUAAAGG